AUGGGCUAUGGGAAUACCAAAACCUGUUACUAUGAUGAAGAUUCUGAUGCGCCUGUUUAUGUGCCCUUUUUCCAAGACCAAGCAGUGGUGAAGCGAGAACAUGCAAAGCAGUUCAUAAAAUAUCUAAAAAACCGUCAAAGUAUAGUCUGCCUUCCGGUGACUAAGAGGCCUGACGCAGAGUACUGGGGAACCGACCGGGAAGCUAUCGUGAUUGCUCUGGAGGUGGAAAGGAACUUAUACAAGCACCUGCAAGAGCUGAAGAAUUCGGCUUCUAAGAAUCGUGAAAUUGAUCUCUUAGAAUUCGUGAAAAUUUUCUUGAAUAAACAGAAAAGGAACAUAAGAUAUCUGCAAUACCAGCUUAGCUAUCAGGAGGAAUUAGAAAGGCUGUCUGGGAGGGAAAGCACACCUGAACGGUUUUUGGAAACAUGGGGCCAAGAGGCUUCAACAUCUGAAGGCCGCCCAUCAAGUCAUCCAUAG